UCCACCUCCACCUCCAGCUCCGUUGUAGCUAACAUAAAAAGGCAAAGAAACAUACUUUGGAACCAGGUACGGUAAAUCUAAGUAGAGUCUGAUAACAGACGCGGCCAAAAUCGUACUGUGUCUCUGUAACCAUCAUGAAACAGUGAUUGAUUUCUUAAAAACGUGUACCCUUUCCUUUUCAGUCUUCUGGCAGCCUUUUUCUUUAGAGCAUUUCGAAAAGCACGCCCUUUUUCUCCCAGUUUACCAGAACCCACCAAAACAUCCCAAAAUCAACCCAUCCCAACGCCACAAUUCCUAUAAAUUUCAUCGGGCUUCUCCAGUCCAACCCUGAAAAAGAAAGGGAAAAAGCAAAGAGACAAACUUUCAAUGGAUACUACCCUUUCCUUCCCAAUCCCAAAUCUCCCUUUGUUUUUGUCCAUGUUUUUGAUGAUAUAUUUCGUUGCUUACUUCUUUGUUUUCCGAAGCUGGAGUCCCAAGAUCCGUCCUGAAGCUUGUUCCUGCUUAAUCUCUCUUUUCCACGGCACCCCAGCUGUUUUCUUAGCCGCUUUUGCAAUCUUUUCAGACCAAAACCGUGGCUUUUCCUCAUCAAACACAAAAACCCAGAAUUUAGUUUUGGAUUAUAGCAUUGCUUAUUUUCUUACAGAUCUCCUUCACUACAUUAUCUUCUUCCCUUCAGACGUCCUUUUCAUAGGCCAUCAUUCGGCUACUCUCUUUGUUUUCAUCACUUGCCGCCACGUGGUCUCUCAUGGCGCGUAUGCUAUACUCUCUCUUUUGGUUUUAGCUGAAGUCACCAGCUUUUGCCAGAAUGUUUGGACUUUGGCAGCUGCAAGGAGGUACGAUGAUGAGUUGGCUGCAAAGGUUUACGCCUUUUUGUCUCCUUAUUUUUAUGCCUUUUAUAGUGUUGUUAGAGGGAUUUUUGGUCCAUUUUUUGUGUACCAAAUGGGAGUGUUUUAUAUAAGUGGGAGAGCUGAUCAUGUGAUUCCUAGAUGGCUUUGGAUUUCUUGGAUGUUUGUCGUUGUUACAGCUAUUGGUGUUAGUGUUCUGUGGAUUUCCAAUUUGUGGGCUGAGUUGUUUAAAGAGAAAAAGGCUAAAUUGGAGAAGAAAUUAUGAUAAUAAAGGAUCUUCUCGAUGGGGAAAAGGAGGGAAGGGGAGCUAAUUUUAUUUUUCUUGUUCUUUCUAACAAUUGAGGUGAAGAAUUAGAAUAACAGAGGAGAUGAUGAGGAUUGUGAUAUGUGUAUCAUACGUUCAACUUUGUUCCUUUGAAGAAGUUAUGGGAUGAAAUGGAUACCUUUUUAGAGGAAAUUGUUGGUUCUUCCUCAUUGAAUACUUUUGCUUUUGAAUGCUUACUUUUGUAGUUUGUCAAUCCAGCAAGUAAGUUGAGAAUUUCAGAUACUCAUUUUCUUCUAUAAUAUUGAAACUAUAAGCAUCUCUGUGGAGCUAUGCUUUUAGUAUAUCUGGUUUUUCUUUGCAAACAUUUUACUGCAAUUAUUUGAAUGUUCAACUCUGUUUGAAGGAUUUGAU